AUGUUGCGGAGAGUUGCUUAUAAUUAUAAAACAAAAACAUAUCAUCAAAGUCGUUGGGUGUAUAAUGAUGGUAAUUUUGGUUUUCUUUUUUACGAUCCUUUAAGAAAACGACUUUUUGGUUUAAGAACUAAUACUACAUUUACAUAUUAUAUUGAAGAAUAUGAUAUAGAAACAUUAGAUACUGUUAAACUAUAUACACAACAAGAUGUUGGAAAAUAUGCUUUUAUUAAUGGAAGAUGUACUUCAUUUGAUUAUAAUCAAAAUUGGAUUAUACAAGUACGAACUCGUUUUGAUAAUUCAUCUUCUAAUUCUUAUUGGAUAAAAAUGGAUUUAAAUUUAGUUGGUAAAAAAGAAGAUAUUGUUACUGAUUUUCAUAUUAUGCCACAUGCAUAUUAUUUUCUUACGAUGACAUAUGAUAUUCAAAAGACAAAAUUGAUUCUUUGUACAUGGCAGAAUGGGUCAAGCCUGUUCGAUAUAUACAUGUUUCAUUUAGAUCCAAAGCAAAAUGGAAAGUUUCCUUAUAGAAAACAAAAUCUAAAAUUAUUAUUAAAAACUAACGGAGAACAGGUUGAAAUGGUUAGAGAUGUAUGGAAUCCAGUCAGGAGGGAAGUACUUUAUCUGAUUCAAACUAAUACCGGUGGAUCACUCAAAAUAACAAGAUAUAUGUUGAGAAUCCAAUUCGAUACACGACGAGUAUUGGAAAAGACAAUACUAACCGAUAAACAGUUACCAUUCUUGGAUUCGUGGGAAUAUUUUUACUUAUCUUAA